AUGUCGACGACACCUGAGUUCGAUCCUGCGUCUCCACGUGGAGGUGAUCCUCUCGUCGUGGACGUCAACGCUCAAUAUGCCGGCUUGGAGUACCAUUACGUCUACCUGGCCUUCUGCGCCUUCAUCGUGUGGCUGAUCAUCCCUGGUAUCGGCCUGUUGUAUGGUGGACUGGCUCGACGCAAAUCGGCGUUGUCGCUGCUCUUCCAGUCCUUGAUGGUCGCUGCAGUGACAACAUUCCAAUGGAUGUUCUGGGGAUAUUCGCUGGCAUACUCGAGAACAGCAAACGCUUUCAUCGGCGACCUCGCCAACUUCGGCCUCAUGAAAGUGCGCGCAGCUCCCUCACCCGGCUCGGUCUAUCUCCCUGAGAUUGUGUUCUGCCUAUACCAGCUCCUCUUCUGCGCUUGCACGGUACAGAUCGUCAUCGGUGGAUCGUUCGAGCGCGGCCGCAUCAUCCCCUCCCUGAUCUUCAGCUUCUGCUGGGCAACCAUCGUCUACUGUCCCAUCGCGUGCUGGACCUGGAACAGCAACGGCUGGCUGUACAACCUCCCAUCGCUCGACUUUGCUGGAGGAGGGCCGGUCCACAUUGCAUCAGGCUGGGCUGGUCUGGCGUACGCCUUCGUGCUGGGCAAGAGAAAGCAUGCCGGCGAAAAAUCCCACGGCAAGCCCCACAACACCACAUUGGUAUUUCUCGGGACAGUUCUCAUAUGGUUCGGCUGGUUUGGAUUCAAUGGUGGCUCUGCUCUGAAUGCCUCUAUUCGCUCAAUGUAUGCCGCAUUCAACACCAAUGUGGCAGCCUCGACCGGUGUUCUGGGGUGGGUCUUGGUGGAUUACAUCCGCACCAAGGGCAAGUUCAGCGUCGUGGGCGCUUGCGAGGGCGCCAUCGCUGGGCUGGUCGGCAUCACACCAGCGGCUGGUUACGUUUCAUUCUGGCUAGCUGCUCUGAUCGGGUUCCUCACUGCAGUCGUCUGCGCAUCUCUCCAGGAUCUCAACAAGUGGCUGCGCAUCGAUGAAGGCUUGGAAGUCUUCAAACUGCAUGGAGUCGGCGGCAUGAUGGGGUCCUUCCUCACUGGUAUCUUUGCGGAUGAGACGAUCUCGGCCCUCGACGGAAGCUCUCGCUACACUGGAGGUAUCAAUGGCAAUGGUGUUCAAGUCGGAAAGCAGUUCGCAGAGAUCACUGCAAUUGCCUCUUACAGCUUCGUGGUCAGCUGCAUCCUGCUCCUGAUCCUGAAGUACAUCCCAGGCAUGCACUUGCGCGUCAGUGAAGAGGCAGAGAUGCGUGGCCUUGAUCUAGAUCAGUUCUUUGAUGAACAGAUCGGUGAAAGCUGGGAGCUCUUUGACGUUCAUGAGGGUCGCCACCAUAUCACCCACGGGGUUCCCAACGAGUCGCUGCCCGUCAGCAGUGCCGUCACCCAGGAACGAGAGGCUCCAAAGGCUGAGAAGCAGGUCUAG